CUCUACGCAGUAGGGGCCUGUGAAGUGGGAAACUUCCUUCUAGCAUUUUCAUACACAUCAUGUGCAUGCGGCGCGCAAAUUCACUACCAGUGUCCCCUGUUCACCCUUCCACACGAGCAUCAUCUCCAGUUACCGCACUGGCGCAAUGUCUGAAAAAAAUACACUCAAGAUUAUUCGUCCUCGCAACAAAGGAAAGCGUCUCGCUCCCGGCUCAUCUUCGCAAACAUCACGUCCCUUGACCCCUUCGGAGUCCCCUGUUCCGCAUGUCACUGGUCCCGAGAUAUCCUCUGAUCAUGACAACACCCACCGCGAUCAGUUCAGAGUGCCGGCAGGGCCUUCUUGUCUCGAGCCUGCAGUAGCUGCUCAGACUGUACAGGCUUCCGGCGGUCACCGCAGCGAUCCAAGGGAACCAGCGUCUUCCACGGGCCGCAGAUCGAGGAAGAUCGGCCGAAAAUUUACUCCAAAUCGUAGCAAGCCUAGCACUCCCGAUCUUGUUGAACAGUCGAGACCAUCCACACCCUCCCUCCGACCAUCCGCUGAUGAUACAGUGCUUCCUUCAUCUCCUCUCACCCCUACCGGAAAUAUUGAUGACCUUCUUGAGGCAUCUGGGAUGCAUGCCACGCCCCGCAGCCACCCGAACGUUCACGCACAGUUGGACUCUUAGGGAGUGAUCGAAAAAACGUAAUCAUUGGCGCGAUAACGCUGGUUCUGCAAACUGCAGCCGAGGCUCUUAAGUUGGCCCCGGUUCCGGGUCUUGACGCAAUUCCGAGUUUACUUCUAACGUGGCUUCAGGUUUACGAGACUGUUGGUGGGAACGAUGAUGA